GUCACAAUGACAGACGAACCGUUUGCGAACAUGGGUGGGGUUCUCGUCGACUGCAUUCGUGCUACUGUGUGAUGGACACAACCCAGAUAGAGGGGCAACGACGAGAGGCCACACAGCCAAACACGGCCCCAUCCCGAAAUAAAUACGCCAUGCUGAUGAAGGCCGCUUGUGUCUCUUAUAACCUGGCUCCGGUUUCCUUCUUAACCAAGCGCGCGUUCAAUGAAACCGAGUUCCUUACUCGUCGUCCCGUCUUCAUCUAUUCCAAUAUUGCAUGAUUCCAACAUCUCGAGCUGAAAUCUUGUUUUCUCACUGCAGCUUCUCCUCAUCUGUCACACACCCCGGCUAUAGUUGCGUCGUCGUGACCUCUCAUAUCUCAUAACUCUGAAUCGUACUCGGGCGUGACCGGCAAGAUGGCGGAGACCGCAGCGAACGGUCACAUUCCUGAAUCGAACAUCGAUGUUCUGAUCAUUGGCGCCGGACCCUCAGGCUUGAUGGCCGCAGCCUGGAUGGCACACUGUGGCGUUAAGGCACGUGUUGUCGAUAAACGAAACACAAAGGUGUUCUGUGGCCAGGCCGAUGGGCUCCAAUGUCGCAGUCUUGAGAUCUUUGACAGUCUUGGUUUCGGCGACCGGGCCUGGAAGGAGGCCAAUCACAUGCUCGAGAUUUGCAUGUGGAACCCCGGCAGUGAUGGUGUGAUUUGUCGCUCAGAUCGCAUCCCAGACACCAUCGUCGGCCUCUCCCGUUUCCAGCAAAUUGUCCUGCAGCAGGGCCGCAUUGAGCGCUUUUUCUUGGACAACAUCAAGAAGUACUCAAAGGAUACCAUCAAGGUUGAGCGGGGUGUUCUGCCCGAGUCUCUCGAGAUCGAUGUGUCCAAGGUUGAAGACGACUCGGCCUACCCCGUGACGGUUAAGCUGCGGCAACUCAGUGAGGAGGAAGCAACCCCCAAGCAACAGAUAACCGCUAGCAAAGUGAAUGACGGUAUCUUUCGAAGCAACUUGAUAGUCGAGGAUGACGAGGAUGACCUGAUCAAGAAGAGUCAGUCUCGAGGCGGAUCAAGCGAGAUUGUCCACGCCAAGUAUGUCAUUGGUUGUGACGGUGCCCGCAGUUGGACGCGACGAGCUCUCGGCUUCGACCUGGACGGCGAAGCCACUGAUUUCAUCUGGGGUGUUAUGGAUAUCAUCCCCAUCACUGACUUCCCCGAUAUUCGCAUGCGAUGCGCCAUCCACUCUGCUGAGAAUGGCAGUCUCAUGGUCAUUCCUCGAGAGAACAAGCUCGUCCGUCUUUACAUUCAACUGAAGGAGGUGACGCCCGACGCUUCUGGUCGUGCGGACAGAACCAAGAUUGCCCCCGAGCUCAUCUUCCGUUCUGCCCAAAAGAUCAUCGCCCCCUACAAUCUUGACUACCAGUACUGUGACUGGUGGACUGCUUACCAAAUUGGGCAAAGGGUGGCCCCCAAGUUCGAGGCCCACGAACGUGUCUUCCUGGCUGGAGAUGCCGUGCACACGCACUCGCCCAAAGCCGGUCAAGGCAUGAACGUGUCAAUGCAGGACUGCUUCAACCUCGGCUGGAAGGUGGGCUUGGUGGCCAAGGGUGUCGCUAAGCGCAGCAUCCUGAGCAGCUAUCAGAGUGAGCGCCGUCGUGUGGCCCAAGACCUUAUCGACUUCGACCACCGCUUCAGCCGACUCUUCUCGGGCCGACCGGCCAAGGACGUCAUGGACGCUGAGGGAGUCAGCAUGGAGGAGUUCAAAGACGCUUUCGAGAAGGGCAACAUGUUCGCGUCGGGCUUGUCCGUCAACUACGGACCCAGCACCCUCAUCGUCAAGUCUGGCGAUGCAGCUGAGCAGGGCGAUGGCAGCAAGGUGGCACAGUCUAAGGCCACUCAGAUCACGGCCGACGCGUUCGCCAAGAGGCAAGGGCUGGCGACGGGUAUUCCCAUCGGAAUGCGUUUCAACAGCUUCAAGGUGCUCAACCAGUCCGAUGCCCGUCCGUGGCACUUCCAGGAGCGCCUCAAGGCCGAUGGGCGAUUCCGCAUCAUCCUCUUCGCAGGAAACGUCCUCGAUGCCGCGCAGAAGGCGCGCGUGGACAAGUUCUGCGAGGCUCUCGAUGCGCCCACAAACUUCCUGCGCGCUGCUACUCCCGGCGGCGCCCCCAUCGACAGUGUGAUUGAGGUCCUGACCAUCCACUCAUCCAAGCGCACCGACACGGAGCUGCUCCGAGACUUCCCUGAGAUCCUGCACCCCUUCAGCGAGCAACACGGCUGGGACUACAACAAGGUCUUCGUCGACGAUGUGAGCUACCACGAGGGCUUUGGCGAUGCAUACGUCAACUACGGUGUCGAUAAGGAGAGGGGCUGUGUGGUGAUUGCUAGACCCGAUCAGUAUGUCGGCUGGAUUGGUGAGCUCGAGGACUUCGAGGAGAUGCAGCAGUACUUUGAGGGCUGCCUUGUGCUGAGAGGAACCCAGGCGACUAACGGACAGACGUUGGCUGUAAGGUAGAUGACGUUUAACAAAUGAGGCAUGUGGAUC